AUGCCAUUCAACAGCCCAGCCCACGAUAUCUACUUCAGAACCUGCAUUGGAACAUGUAACCAUGACGGAAAUAUCCGAGUCUACAUGCAAGAUGUCAUGGGGAACUUUCGCGAGGCUACUUAUGAUAGGGAAUGGUCCAAUGGUACAGAGAAGAACGUGGUCGCUGCAGCUAAACUAAAGUCACCUGUUGCUGUCGCCUCCAUGGAAUCGGAGGAUAUCCAUGUUUUCUACCUGGCACCUAAUAAUAUGGUCAAGAGUGCGGUCUACGAUCACAAAAGAGGUUGGAGUGUAGGUGACAUGGGAAGAAUGGAAAUUCACACCGCACCCUACUCCAUGAUGGCAGCAAAUGAAUGCUCCGGUCUGCAUGGUGGGAGGCUGUAUGUCCAAUUGCCCGACAACACCAUCCAGGAGUUUGGCUGGAGUGACGAGAGCGGUUGGAAGAAAAUGACAAAUCUCGGCCCAGCAUUGCCCGGUACAGCGAUUUCAUGUACCAGCUUCAAAGCACCUCGUGUGGGCCUACGUGUGUACUUCCAAGAUAACCAUCGAGUCGUCAAGGAGAAAUGUUUCGACGACGGCAGGGGCUGGUAUGACGGAGGUUUCAAAUAUACGAGCUCAAAGGCUUUGCCUCCGAGAGUGGGUAUGGCUUGUACUAGCCACAAUAUCUCUUCGGAUAAAGUUGGCAUCAGUGUUUUUGUUGUCAGCGCCCAGGGCUUGCAGGAGAUGGUUUAUGAUGGCAGUAGAUGGCGAGAGGGGAAGUUGGAUGUGGAAUGCAUUCCUGGAAGCGAAGUCGCAGUUACUUGCUGGGGAAGUGGGAAGGAUCUGCAAAUGAGGCUUUACUUCCAGAAGGGAGAACAUGUUAGCGGUAUUAGCGAGUGGAUGUUUAGGAACGAGAAGUGGGAAGCUGGGAAGGUGGCACUUCCUCCUGCUUGA